AUGUCUCUUAUAGAAACUACACCUGUAAACCAAGAACAAGAAUUAGAAUGUACAUGUUUAUUAUGUAAAAUGAAACUUGUUAUUUUACAAAAUAGAUAUGUUCCAUGGAUUUCAUUAGCUCGUAUAUUUUAUCUUUCAUUAAUGACAUUACAUCCAUCUAAAAUUUAUUUUUCAGUUAAAACUGAUGUUCCUGAUUUUAUUCAAAGCCAUUGGUCUAUAUUAUCUCAAUUAUCUCAAUUUGGUACAGGGAGUAGAUGGAGAAAAAGUAUGUUAGAUGCUAUUAAUCAUUCACGAUUUUUCCAAUCAGGAAAAUGUGAAUAUCAUGUCUCUGGUUAUUGGAGACUUAAAGACACAUCAAUGCCUUUUAUUGAAAAUUGGGUCGGAGAUGAAACAAUAAUUACAGAUUCAUCCAAGUCAGAAGUUACUAAUACUAAUUCUGGUGAAAGUAUUGUUAUGUCUAAUGAAAAUGUUAUUACUCAACCUAUUCAAUCAAAUUCUUUUAUUCAAAACAAUGAAAUAAUAAGAAAUUAUUAUCUUCAAAAUAUUGAACAUGCUCAAUAUAAUAUUCAAUGUUUAUUAUUAACUUAUAAUCAAGUUGAUAUUACCUUUCAACAACAAAUCCAAACUGAAAUCCAAAUGAAUGAAAAGAUUAUUGAGUACUAUACCCAAGGAAUUUAUAGAAUAACUGAUGUUGAUGAACAAAAUUAUUCUUCUGCUUGUUUUAUGACUAAAACUGUAUUUUGA